AUGCUUUUCCGUAACGUCGCCGCCCGCUCCACUCUCCGGGCUCUUCAGAGCUCCAAUGCCUCCGUGGCCCGCUCUGCCCUGGGCAACCCCGUCUUCAAGGCUGGGUUGACCUCGUCUGCUCGCAGCGCCAUCCGCCCGGCUAUCAAGCCCAACUUCGCACUGGCUGCCCACAAGCCCGUGACCACUGCUCUCGUUCGCUAUGCCUCCACUGCCGCUAAGGACGAUGAAGAUGUUGAUAUGAUGGCGGGCAUGAAGUCCGAGGCGAAAGUUAUCAAGGACACUUUCAGUCUUUCCGAAGUCCCGAAGGAUGCUCUUUACCUCGGUAUGGCCGGUGUUGUGCCUUACCUUGUCACCUCUCUGCAGACCGUUGCUCUCUCCUUCGAGAUCAACCGCGCUGCUGCCGCCGGUGAUGGUCUGAUCUUCUCUGGUCAAAGUGCCGAGCUCAUGCUGCACAUGCUGGAGCCCAUCCAGGUUGGCUACGGUGCCGUUAUUCUCUCGUUCCUUGGUGCCAUCCACUGGGGUCUCGAGUGGGCCGGCUAUGGCGGCAGGUUCGGCUACCGCCGCUACGCCGCCGGUAUCAUUGCCCCUGCCGUGGCCUGGCCAACCCUUCUGCUCCCCGUUGAGUACGCCCUGAUCAGCCAGUUCCUCGCCUUCACCUUCCUGUACUACAACGACGCCCGCGCUGCCGCCGCCGGCCGUGCACCCCACUGGUACGGCAUGUACCGCUUCGUUCUCACCUUCGUUGUGGGUGCCAGCAUUGUCGCUACUCUGAUUGGCCGCGAGCGGAUCCAGUCAAGCGUCGCCGCCGAGCACAGCAUCCAGGACAAGAUCAACGCCUUGAUCUUCCUGCAGAAGAAGGAGAAGGAGGAGGCCGAGGCCCGCAAGAAGGCCGAGCUCGAGGAGUAA